UUUUAAGUUAUAUACAUUUUGUGUCAAUACGGUGAUUUAAAAUUAAAAUCAAAUGAAUAAGUCUAUACGAUUUUGAAUCCUAACAUAAAUAGGAUAUUUUGUAAUUAGUAUUCUGGAUGGAUAUACAUAAAAUUUAAUAUGCUUUGAAAAAUAAAUACAUUUUUACAUAUAUUUGAAAAUAAUUAUUAAACAUGCAAGGCAAACGGAUCAUUUUGACUAUGUUGAUAUCUGAAUUGCAUUGACGUUUACAAAGUCUUGCAACAGUAAAUAAUUAUCUGUUUGUCUGUUGGAUUACUUAAAAUCAGAAGAACGAAAAGGAAGUAUACGAAAAACAAAAUAAAUUGGAAAAUUCUUCAAAAUAUGAUGUCAGUGUAUCGUCUAGCAGAGGAAUAUCGUAAUGUGGAGACUCCCGAAGGCCUCCAGAUUGGACCAAUUCGAUUACCGGUAGCCCACACUUAUGAUUUAGACAACGAGCAUGAUUAUAUUAUGAACAAGGCUCUCCGAUCCUACAAGCUCCAUAGAGAUAAGGAAAAGGCAGAAAAUAGGCAAAGGCAUUUAAGAUCUGCCUGCUUGAAACGAUGGAAGACCCCUGAGCAGCCAAGAAAUAUUCAGUCAGCAGGAUCAGAAAGGACGAGACCAGUCCUUGUACCAAAAGAUGCUAUAAAUGAAGUUAGGGAUGCAAAUAUAUCUGAAGAAGAUAUGAAGCUGGGCAACAAGAAGUCACUUGACUUAAACAAAGUAAACGUUGGGAGAAUAUUUGAAUUGAAUCGGAUAACUGUAGGAGGUUCUCGAAUGGCCGAAAAAUCAAAUCGGAUUGGAGGUUCUAGAAUGGCCGACCAAUCGCCGUCACCGACAAAAAGUGCCUCCUUUCAAAGACGUAACAAUACUAGUCAACAAUGGUAUAGCCAAAGUGUUCCGAAUACAAGCUACAUUAACAAUCACAUGAGACUCGUCAAUGGACAUCAAAGUAGACAUUCCCAUAAUUCCAAAGUGCCUAGGUCGGCCUCAUCAGCACGUAGUGACACUUCGAGUAGACCGGAAACUGAAACUCAUUUCAAUUCAAAUGACGGAGGAAUAUUUCUACCAAAUAGAGCAAAACAUGAAUAUUUUGUAAUUCAUCCAGAAUGGGUUUCUGAAUCUAUGACAAUACAAAAACUUAGUUUAAGUGAACGAAAACCUACCUAUGCUUCUAAGACAAUGACAUGGCCUGGCAGAAGAUGCAAAAGUGCUCCACCGACAAAAUUCAGGAAUCCAAUUACUUGGAAUGUUGUAGAUUCGGAAACAUAGUAACAUCUACAAAUAGAAUGAAUAAUAUCCCAUAUGUAAGAUUGCAGGAAUUCAUGGGACUGAGAAAUUCUUGUAUCUUGCAUUGUUCGGCGUUUUAUAAAAUACCGUGGAUAUAUGAUACUAAUCCAGGGGUGAUGAACGUGCAUGUCCGAUGUAUUUUUGUGUGCCUAGAAACAACUAUAUCUUGAAACAUAUACUUUGCUAUUUUAAUAUUCAAAAUGGUGAAAAAUACCACAAAGCUGAUCUCCAUCAAAUUGCCGGCUUUAUAUGUUAUAACACGAGCGAACUUUUUAUUUGGUGCAACGUAAAUAUUCAAAUUGCAAUUUGCAAUUCUUACUAUUUAAUCUAACGCCACAAAAUAUAUUCACGCAAAUAUGUUGUGCCAUGUAUAAACCAUACAUUAAAAACCUUAGGUUCAACCAUUCUCCAGGGAAUGUGACAUUCAUUUAUAUGCACAUAGAAUUGUCACACAAUUCUUCUUCAAUUUGCAACCAUAAAAAUAAAAUAUUGAUUUCAA